GUCCUGCACACGCUCAGUGGAGGCCCUCGGCUAUCAGGCAACGGACUCAGUGUCCCGGUAUGCAUUGCGGCUGUCCUCCUCCCACACAGCGGGAUUACUGCAGAGAUGGCUGCCCGCAUAGCAUGUCUGGUGAGGAGGCUUCACCCGGAAAGGACGGGGAUCCGGAGGAUGCUGUGUACUGGAGCCAGCAGUUUGGUGAGCAGACCUCCUGUGUUCACAGAUCCAGAAGUACAGAGCAUACUGAAGAAGAUGACUGGUCUGGUUCUGGAGAAAGUUUUCCAGCCGGGGAAGCAAAGCGGUAUACCACCCACAUACAAGUUAAUGACACAAGAACAAUUUGAAGAGGCCAUCCAGAAAGCUGCAGAGACUGCAGUGAGGUACUUGGAGAUGCCACCUAUGUUGGAGGAACGGACACCAAUAAAUGAAAUCCUGACUGUAGAUGAGAUUCUUUCUGGCACAGAUACUGCCAAAUAUGUGUUCACCGACAUAACUUACAGCACACCACACCAAGAAAGAUUUAUUGUAGUGCGAGAGACAAAUGGUGUUUUGCGGAAAGCCACCUGGGAAGAGAGAGACCGAAUGAUCCAGGUUUAUUUUCCCCUCCAAGGUCGAAGAUUGGUCCCUUCACUUGUGUUCAAAGAGAAAAACAUGAAGCAUGUAUUUAAUCAAGAUCGACACGAAGAGCUCCUAGACCGCUGCAUUAUCCAGUUUGAGCCUGAUUCCGGAGAAUAUAUAAAGGUCAGGAACGAAAUAUUUCAGGACAUUGACAAGCAAAGAAAGUAUAACCUGUUGAGGUCGACACGGCAUUUUGGAGGUAUGGUGUGGCACUUGUGCUCUCUAAAGAACAUUGAUGGACUUCUUAUAGACAUGCUUCAACAAGAUUUAUUAGAUGAUGCUGUGAGUCUAGUGCGACUCUACCACAUGGUACAUCCUGAUACUGAGUGUGCAAGAGAAUCCCAGGGAGCUGACGGCAGGGAUCUUAUUAUGAUGUUUGUUAAAAUGGAAGCAAAGAAACCAGGCUAUAUAGAACUGGCUUUACAAGCAUAUCCACAGCCUGCCAGCAGUGCAGCAUCUUCCUGA